GCGCCUGAAGCCCUGAUUUUUUAUUUUUUUGGAGCUGGAGAGGAGCACGCGCCGGCCCAGCCGCGGUGAGCUCUGCUCGUGCCCGCGCCUGGCCGUCCUCCGGGAGCUCGGCUGGGUGGCGCUCGUGCCCGCCCGCCCGCCGCCUGCGGCUCGCGCUCGGGUGCGCCGCCGGGUCCCUGGAGCCGGCCGCGUCCUUUGUGCGGCGCUCGCUUUGCGCCGCUGGGCAGCGGGACGGCAUGCGGGCGCUGCAGAGGCUUUUCUCUUCUGCUCAAACUCUUGAAACAAUGGACUGUAAGAGGAGCAUGGAUUGAGGGGGGCGAGCGGGGAAGCGAAGCGAGCUGCACAGGGAAUCAUGACUUCUGCCGCCGAGAUUAAGAAGCCACCAGUGGCCCCCAAGCCAAAGUUUGUGGUAGCAAAUAAUAAGCCAGCUCCACCUCCUAUUGCACCUAAACCUGAUAUUGUGAUCUCUAGUGUUCCACAGUCAACAAAGAAAACCAAACCAGCAAUAGCCCCAAAACCAAAAGUUCUGAAGGGCUCACCUGUUGGAGACAUUGGGCAGUCACCAUCAAGGAAAAUCAUUGUGAACCUGGAAGAGCACAAACAGGAAUUACCUGAAAAUGCUGACAACUCUAAUUGUAAAAAUGUAGGGCAUCAGAGCAAUGAUUAUAUUUUACCAAUGUGUUCAUGCAGUUCUCAGUGUAUCCAUAAACUUGGGAAUAGAGAGAAUUUGUGUGUAAAGCAACUUAUCUUAGAGCCCCUGGAAAUGCAUGAAAGUUUAGAAAAUAGUAAAAUUGAUGAAUUCUCUUCAGCUAUAAAAACAAGGAGUAAAUGUGAUUCUAAUGUUGAAAAUGUCAAGAGCCAGAGUGGAGUAGUUUUAAAGGCAAACAUCCUAGAAGAGAAGCUUAAAAAUGUUUUAACACAACGAACAUUACCUUUUAUUUCCCUACAGAAGCACAGAUCCACAAACAACUCAGAAAUUAAUGAUGGCUAUAAUUCUAACAGACAAUUCAGAAUUGAGUUUGCAGAUUUGUCACCUUCCCUGUCCAGCUUUGAAAAAGUUCCUGAUCAUCACCACUGCCACCUACAGCUUCCUAGUGAUGAAACUUAUAAGCAUAGCAGUGAAAAAAGCAAUACUUGCUUUCAUUCAUCUGAACAAGAAGCUCUGGAAAAUGGUAAAAGGAGUACUUUUCUAUCUUCAGAUGGAGUUAAUAAGAAAUCAGAAGUCAAAGACCUUGGUCCCUUAGAAAUUCAGUUAGUACCAUAUACUCCCAAAUUUCCAACCCCCAAGCCCAGAAAGACACGGGCUGCUCGUCUGUUACGUCAAAAGUAUAUAGAUGUUCCUAGUGAAAGUACUGAAGAACCAGAGAAUUUAGAUAGUAACUCUUCUUGUCUUUUAGAAGCUGGUUUGAAAAACAAUAAAAUCAGUGUUCUUCAUCAGAAUGUUUUGUGUAACCAGGAACAGGUGGACAAAGUGAAGCCAGGAAAUAAAAGUGAAUUGAAUGUGGACUCCAAUGGUGACAGACAAAAUUUAGUCAAUCCACAGAAAGCUAUGUGUCAUGAAACAUCUUCCUUUGAAAAAAUGGAAACAGAUUCUAAUUUAAAUUCUGACAGCAAGACAGUGGAUGGUUCUAGUAUGUCACUUGCUGUGGACAAAGGGACCAGUUUUAUAAGAUGUAGUACUUUAUCUAUGAGCCUGCCUAAGCAGCUCAAAUUAACCUGCAAUGAACAUUUGCCUACCACCUGUAACCUGGGAGUGUCUGCCCCUCAAAUGCAAAAGCAAUCUACAAUAAAAGGUGAAAUUUCCUCAAGGAUUGUCCCGAAAAAACCUCAAAGACACAGCUUGCCUGCUGCAGGAGUGCUUAAAAAGGCUGCCUCAGAGGAGCUUGUGGAAAAAAGUUCUUAUCCCUCAAAUGAGGAAAAUAAUUCAGAGAAAGGUCUAGAAAGAAAUCACCCUCGGCAUUUGUGCGCCCAAAACCUCAGUAUGUCGUCUUCCUUUGAUAUGCCUAAACGGGCUUCAGAAAAGCCAGUGUGGAAAUUACCUCAUCCUAUUUUACCCUUUUCAGGGAACCCGGAAUCCUUAAAGUCUGUCACUAUAUCAUCAAAUAGUGAGCUUUCAACUGCCAUAACUAAGCCUAGAGCAAAAUCGUUAUCUGCCAUGGAUGCGGAAAGGUGCACUAAGCCUUGCAAAGACACUCAAAAGAAAAACUCUUUAAAGAAGUUGCUCAACAUGAAACUGUCCAUCUGUUUCAUGAAGAGUGACUUCCAGAAAUUUUGGUCCAAGAAUAGCCAGCUUGGAGACACAACCGCAGGUAGCCUGUCAGGUGGGGAGAGGAAAGGAAUUGAAAGUGAUGAAAGUGAAAGGCAUGGCAUGUUGGUAGAAGAGAAGAGAAGUAAACCCAUCAAGGCAUAUUCUGCAGAUAACUACAGCCUAGAAUCCCAAAAGAAGAGGAAGAAGUCUCGGGGUCAGACCAGUGCAGCUAAUGGACCAAGAGCUGAGUCUUUGGAUGAUCAAAUGUUCUCCAGGGAGUCCUCAUCUCAGGCGCCUUGCAAAUCUAUUACGAGUGGCUGUGCACCAGAGUAUGAAAAUGUACGCCAUUAUGAGGAAAUACCAGAGUAUGAGAACUUGCCAUUUAUAAUGGCCAUGGGGAAAACUCCCGAGUUAGAAUGGCAGAAUACCAGAAGCAUGGAGGACACCGAUGCAAAUGUGUAUGAGGUAGAAGAGCCAUAUGAAGCUCCAGGUGGCCAGGUGCAACUUGGACCCAGACAUCAGCAUUCCAGUUCUGGAGCAUCCCAGGAGGGACACAAUGAUCUUGGUCUUGGUGAACUUCCUUCGGAUGAGGAAGAAGACAUGAACAGUUCUGACGAAGACGAUGUCAGCUCUGAUUCUAGUAAAGGGGACCCUGACCUGGGAGACAAACAGGAUGAAGAUACUGGAAUGAAGAGUAAAGUCCAUCAUAUUGCCAAGGAGAUUAUGAGCUCAGAGAAGGUGUUUGUGGAUGUGUUAAAACUUUUGCAUAUUGAUUUCCGAGACGCAGUAGCCCAUGCUUCCAGGCACCUUGGGAAACCCGUGAUUGAGGACCGAAUCCUAAAUCAGAUCCUGUACUACUUGCCUCAGCUGUAUGAGCUCAACCGGGAUCUCCUGAAGGAACUGGAGGAAAGAAUGUCAAACUGGACUGAACAACAUAGAAUUGCUGAUAUCUUUGUAAAGAAGGGACCAUAUCUAAAAAUGUAUUCCACGUACAUCAAAGAAUUUGACAAAAAUAUAGCUUUGCUGGAUGAGCAGUGCAAGAAGAACCCAGCUUUUGCUGCUGUUGUUAGAGAUUUUGAGAUGAGCCCACGCUGUGCUAAUCUGGCCCUCAAGCACUACCUGCUCAAGCCAGUUCAGCGGAUCCCGCAGUACAGGCUGCUGCUGACAGAUUAUUUGAAAAAUCUUCUAGAGGACUCUGGAGAUUACAGAGACACUCAAGAUGCCCUUGCUGUCGUUAUAGAGGUUGCCAACCAUGCCAAUGACACCAUGAAGCAAGGAGACAACUUUCAGAAGCUUAUGCAGAUUCAGUACAGCUUAAAUGGACACCAUGAAAUAGUGCAGCCUGGACGGGUUUUUCUCAAAGAAGGAACUCUGAUGAAGCUGUCUCGGAAAGUCAUGCAGCCCCGAGUGUUUUUCCUGUUUAAUGAUGCCCUGUUGUAUACAACACCAGUGCAGUCUGGGAUGUAUAAACUGAACAAUAUGCUUUCAUUGGCUGGAAUGAAGGUCAGAAAACCCACCCAAGAAGCAUAUCAGAAUGAACUAAAGAUUGAAAGUGUAGAACGCUCCUUUAUCCUCUCAGCCAGUUCUGCCACAGAAAGGGAUGAAUGGCUAGAAGCGAUUUCCAGGUCAAUAGAAGAGUAUGCCAAAAAAAGAAUCACAUUCUGUCCUAGUAGGAGUCUUGAUGAGGCUGACUCAGAAAAUAAUGAGGAAGUUAGUCCUCUUGGAUCAAAGGCUCCCAUCUGGAUCCCUGAUAUCAGAGUCACAAUGUGUAUGAUCUGCACAAGUGAAUUUACUCUCACCUGGAGAAGACACCACUGCCGGGCCUGCGGGAAGAUUGUAUGCCAAGCUUGUUCAUCAAAUAAAUAUGGUUUAGAUUACCUGAAAAAUCAACCAGCAAGAGUAUGUGAACACUGUUUCCAAGAACUGAAGAAACUAGAUCACCAGCAUUCUCCUAAGAUUGGAUCUCCUGGAAAUCACAAAUCUCCUUCAAGUGCCUUAUCAUCAGUCUUACAUAGUAUUCCAUCAGGGAGGAAACAGAAAAAAAUCCCAGCUGCUCUCAAAGAAGUAUCAGCAAACACAGAAGAUUCUUCCAUGAGUGGCUACUUGUACAGAUCAAAGGGCAAUAAAAAACCUUGGAAACACUUGUGGUUUGUUAUAAAAAAUAAAGUGCUGUAUACAUAUGCUGCAAGUGAGGACGUGGCAGCUUUGGAGAGUCAGCCUUUACUAGGAUUCACUGUCACUCAAGUCAAAGAUGAGAAUUCAGAGUCUAGAGUGUUUCAGUUACUACAUAAAAACAUGUUAUUUUAUGUGUUCAAAGCAGAUGAUGCUCACUCAGCUCAGAAGUGGAUAGAAGCAUUUCAGGAAGGCACAGUAUUGUAGCAAUACUGGUUUCAUCCCUUCUGUGAUUCCAAAUGGGUGGAAUUUCAUCAGAAUGGAGUAAAUGCAGUACAAAAAUUUUAUAUAAAUGAACACUGCCAAGAUAAAUCCAGCCAAAAUCUUCAUCAAAUAUUAUGAAUUAUUUUGUUAGGUAUAAGGACAUUUUGGCAAUUAGAACAUGGCAACCAUAGAAGAAAUUGCACAUCAAAUUAUUGAACAACAGAUGGGAGAGGGGCUGCCUGCCAUGUAAUGAUAUGGUAUGAUGAAACAUGUCAACAUAUAAAAGAUGUACCUCACUCAGUGGGCCAGUGUGAUAUUACGAAAUCACUGACAAGUGAAGGAUCCAUUCAAAUUACAGGAUAGAUCAACGGAUUCUGAUACAGUUUCUGGUUUCACAUUACAACUAGCCUUUAAAAAGCUACCACUUGUCGAGUUUGAAUGUGCUAUCAAAGAACUGCCACACGUUGCAUGCACCUAAAGCUCUUCUCUAAGAAAUAAGUUUGUCAGCCAUUAGAAUUUUGUUUACUUCACAGUAAUAAUACUGAUAGAAAUAAUCCACAGUGAAGCCUACAACAGCUUAAGCUUUACAUGGUAAAAUUUGUUAUAAACUGAUUCAAAUUCACAUCUUAGAGGUAAAAUUGAAAAUUGUUAGGGGAAGAUAGUGCUGGAAAUAACCUAUGUAAAAUAAAAUUGACAGCAGUGAAAAGUACACCCAGAAAAAUAAGACAUGCUGGCAAUAAUGGUCAACAAAGAAGACUCAAAUUGGCAGCAGCUAUAAUCAGUACGGUUCUACUCUAGACAAAAACUGAUGAGUAAUUCAGAACUUUGUUGUAAUUUUUGCAUAGAAAAGAAUCUUGAAAAUAACUUCAGGGAAAUGGAAAAAAGUAGGAAACAAACCAACUUUGCCAUUUUAAAUUUGAACCAAGGGAUUAAAUUGGCUUAAUGAGUUUACUCUGUAAAAUAUUUGCUCAACAACAACAAAAGCCCUCAGUGCUGGGCUGGUUCUCUUUAUUCCUGAACUUGCUCUUCCCUAGGCUUCUCCAACUCAGUAGAUAGCAAUCCUGUCCUCCCAAUUGCUCAGAGCAAAAUUUGCUAGUCAUCCUUGACUCUUCUCUCCUUAUAUUCCACAUCUAGUCCAUCAGCAUAUCUUGUCACAUUUCCCUUCAUAAAAUAUCCCAAAUCCAAUCAUUUUUUCCUCCAGCAUGGCUAUUACCCUGUCCCCUGCCAGCAUCUCUGCCCGUAUAUAAUUCCCAGAUAUUGCCAGUGUGUGAGCAAUAGCAUCCUUUCUGGUCUUCCUUAAUUCUUCUCUUGAACAUCACAGGCUAGUCUACACACUAAAUCUAGAAUUACCCUUUUUGAAAAAGAUCUUGCUACUCUGCUCCGUGACCUUCCAAUGGAUCUCCAUUUCACACAGGAGGAAAUCCAGAUUUUGUAGUCCUUACGAAGCCCCAUACCACGUGGCUCCUGCUGUCGCUCAGAUCCCGUCUUUUACCAUAAUCCCUUCUGCCACUCUGUCUCACGCACAUAGCUCUCUUGCAGUGUCUCUUGCCUCAAAUGUGUGAAACACUGCCCCACAACCUUCUCCCUGUGUCCCAGGUAAAGGAUGCACUUCCUCCAGCUAGUCCUAAGCUUUGGUCUGCUACUUCACUCAGGUCUGUGCAAAAAUGUCAUCUCCUCAUGGCUUUUGUUCCAUCAGUGACUGUCACCAUCUCUACCCUGCUUGAUUUUUUCUUUGUAGCACUUGAUACCAUCUGACAAUAUUAUUUGCUUGUUUGUUUUUUAUCUGCCUUUCCUCACUAAAAUAAAAGCUUUAUGAGAACAAA